UGUGAUAAAAGAUAAAAAAUUUAUUGUCAUUAGUUUAUCGGUUAAACUUGUUUUAGUUCAAAAUAAAACUAUAUGUCAAAUUCAUAGUUGAUGGUCCAUUUAUAGCCAUUAUAACUAUCACUUUAAUACAUAUCAUAGAAAAGAAAACUACUUGGCAAUGAACGAUCUGAAAAAAAGAAAGCAAGAGAAUGAUAUAAUAUAAUAUAAAAUAAGAAUAUUUUAUUGAAGCCUAGAGAAAUACAUGGAACACACCAUAACAAACUCAUGUAACCCUAGAGGAGGAGGCAUCAUAAAACAAACCAUACAAUUUUCUCUCAUAUCCACCAACUUGGCAUGCAAGUGGUGUGCUUACAUGUUUUUAAUCCAAUCCAUUUAAAUGGUUUUAAAUCCACCUCCAAAUUAAAAUCCAAAUCUAAAAAAAAAACCCUAAUUCUGAAUUUCUGGUUCCUCUUCUCCUUCGAUCGGGUAGUCUCCGCUGCAGCCGGCACCGGAGCAAGCAACUGGCACCGGCACCCUAUUGUCUCAUUCAACGUUGAACGGGCCUCACCUCUGUUUCUCUUCUUCUGCCGUUGGUCUUCUCCGCCGUCGUCUUCACCGUCGCCGAUUGCCGUCACAGGUGUGGGCUUCCGGUUCUUUUGCUUUCCAUUCGCCUCUGCUCGUGCUUCUUGCCUCUGGGUCACCGCCUCACACGGGAUUGCUCAUCAGGGUUGGAAUCCUCUUCGGGUGCUGCUGAGCAAACGGAUUCAAGAAGGCAGGGUAUUAGAGAGAGUAAGAUGACUGAAAACAAUAAUAUUGAAGCAGCAGGGAUGUCCGCUAGCAUUCAACCAUCUUCUCCACUGUCAGGUGUUCGUAAGAAUCGGUCAGCUGUCUGGGAUCAUUUUGAUAUAGAGAAUGCUAUCGAGAAGAUGAAGUUGCAAGAUUUUCUCUCGGCAAAUUGUGAUAGAG